AUGGCAUACACUUUCGACGGCUACUCGGAAGCCAGCUCGGCCCGGAACAGCCCCGGGCACCAGGGCCAGCCUCCGACGGGGAGUCGGCAGAGGCGCAGGGAGCGGGACGGCCCUGCCAGCGGUGGCGGAGGCGGGUCUGAAGGGGUGUACUUUGGCACCGGCCGGUUUUACGAGGAGAACCUCCGCAACGAGCAGCAACGUCAGCGGGACCACCAGCGGACGCCGGGGUAUUGGUCUUCUAGUCCUUUCGGCGGCGGGCUAGACGAAUCGGGGUCCUCUGCUAGAGGCGCCUGGUCCGAGGAAGAAUGGGGACGAGUGUUUCUAGAGGCUUUGAGAGGGGCGCAGGAGAGGAGACGGCAGGAGAGGAGCGGCGGCGGUUAUUGGGCUGGGGGCCCCGGGAUGGGGGGCGGGCCGGGACCGCAGAACCUCGGAGAUGGCGAGGAAACGCGCUUUGACGAUCUGUUUGGCGGCGUCUUUGGCGCCGCCGAAGGUCGGAGGCGCGGGGAUGCCGGAGGGGGAGGAUUGUUCGGGGCCGGGGCCGGGGGUUCCGGCGGCCCCGGGUUCUUCGGCGGCGGAAGAGGUACGAGCUUCGAAGGAGUGUUUGGGUCGCCGGGCGAAUUCUCUGGCAGAGAACAGUACGGUUUUGGUACCGGCACCAGCACCGGCACCAGCACCGGUUUCGGGGUCGGUGACCAGGAGGAUGUCCGGCGUGGAGGGGCCGGUAUGACGUGGGCCGAGUUCACGGACCUGUUCCGGCAUCGGUACGAUGGCGGCAGCUCGUACGGGUACGCCGGCGGGCACCCGCCCGCUGAUUUGUUUGAUAGCUGGCACACGGACUGGUGA